AUGGUCCAAUUGCUGCACCGCCUGUCCAUUCGUUCCACCAACUUCCAAGAGAAGCUGCCCAAGGCCAUCAAGAACCCUAUCACCGAUCACCUGCCCCCGAACUGCCGCAAGGUGACUAUGAGUUUCGAGGCCCCCGUUGUCCGCACCAAGGACUACAUCGAGUCCCUGGGCCCCCGCGAGAGUAUCGCCAUCUUCGUUGGUGCCAUGGCCAAGGGUCACGAUGACUUUGCCGACUCCUUCAAGGACGAUACCAUUUCCAUCAGCAACUACAGUCUCAGUGCCAGUGUGGCUUGCAGCAAGUUCUGCCACGCCGCCGAGGAGGUGUGGGAUAUUCUGUGA